AUGACGUCGAUGCUUCCAACGUUAGAAGACCUUCAUAAAAAGGCAAGACUAUCUCAAGUAAUACAUCCUAACCAGUACGUAUCAUUGGACACACGACUUUACCCGCAAACACCAGGGCAGACGUUAGCUAAUGAAGACCAGAGAAUACCUCCUGUGACAGUGACUCAAGAACAAGAUGAGCAUCGUAGGCCUGGGCUGCUACGAGACUGUACUACAGUGUUUGGGUGCGGCAGGUUCAAAACGGAUUAUCCUAGCUAUCGCCCGAUUCACCGGCAGAUGUCAAACAGCCACGCUGCCUCUUCAGAACAUUUUGUUUGUUGGCGCGAUUGGCCGAGAAUUCGCCAAACUUGUUUCCUCCUCACUUUCAUCUGUCUAGCAGCCAUCAUCUUUUGUGCCGUCAUAUCUGUGUAUACAUCCAAUCAUAUUUCGAAAUCUCAUUCAUCCCAGAGAAAAGAUCUUUGGUGGUACAGAGAUGCAACAUUCUAUGAAAUAUUUCCAGCGUCUUUCCAAGACACAGACGCAGACAGUUAUGGCGACUUUCAGGGCAUCAUACGUCGAUUAGAUUACAUCCGUGAUCUCGGCAUGACAGCGAUUAGGCUCAACUCCAUCUUCAGUGCUUUAGACUAUCCUCUCGAAUACGAACACAUAAUCGACCUCCACAGUGCCGAUCCGCAUCUGGGGAGGAUGGACGAGUUUCGACUCUUGGUGGACGAAGCCCACCACAGGGGACUGAAGGUGGUCCUGGACAUCAACCCUACCAUUACGAGUGAUCAACACACUUGGGCCUUACACUGGCAAAGAGGCAUUCCAGGUUACGAGCAUUUUUAUGCAUCGGCCAACAGAUCGAAGUCACCACCGGAAAUGGAAAACUCAGAAGGACCACCACCAGAAGAAUGGGAAUUGACACAAAGGACAUUCGGUGGCCACUAUGUAUUGAACUGGUCAAAUCCUUUCGUUCAGAAAGAAUACCAAAAAACCAUUGCUUACUGGCUGGACACGGGAGUUGACGGAUUCUACAUGAAGCAUCUCGAAAAGAUACAUGUUGUUGAUUUCCACCACAUAGCAAACAUCAUUCACCAGUGGAGGACAGUUUUAGACAGCCCACCAUCCAUUUGGAACAUUGGAAGAUCUGCUGCAAGACGCAUUCUCAUAGUGUCAUCAAAAUUUGCAGAAACCAUCAUCACAGAACUUGGGCAACCUGCGAAAGAUAUCUUGAAAUAUGUUGACAUGCUGGAUUACCCUAUCCUGGUUGGGAGUGGAAAAGAAAUGGCUCAACAAGUGUCAGCAUUGAAGGAAGUGUCUGGAUGGCCGAAGGACCACCCCACACCUGUGUGGCACUUGGGAAGUUCAGAUACAUUCCGUCUCGCAUCGAGGAUAGAGUACCGGUACAAUAUGGCGGCUUUCUAUCUCCUCAUGACACUUACUGGUUCCAGGUCUGUUUUUUACGGAGAUGAAAUUGGAUUACGUGACAGCUACGACGUCCUCAGUGGAAGAACCUUGUACGUCAGAUUACGAGACAAAAAGGGAGGAAAAAUCGUGAGGUGUCUUAUUGAUUCUGGCUCCCAACGGUCAUAUCUGAGUAAACGAGCCGCUGAAGAAAUGCAGUAUGAUCGUCUUAAAGAAGAGAAUGUUAUACAUAAUUUGUUUGGUGGUAAAGAACACAUAGAAAAACAUUACCGGCACAGAGUAUUAGUCAGCAGUAUUAACAAAGAAUAUCACUGCAAUUUUGAGGUACUUAACCAAGAAAAAAUAUGUUCUAAAAUACCAACUUUGAAGUUAGAUCCAUGUGCGCAAGAAUUGAACAAAAGGAAUAUAAUUUUGACAGAUCAAUUGAUUCCAAAAGAAACAGAAUCUGAAGACAUAGAUUUAUUAAUUGGAGCUGAUGUAGCAGCAGCAGCAGCAGUAGUAGUAGUUACUUCGAAAAGUUAA